CUUCCGAGCAAGUCUCCACAUUCUCCACCACUGCACCAAGUAUGACAGAGUACGGCACCAGCAAGCAGGGCUACGACGACUUGGAGAGCAACUCCCGCCUGCCGUUCUACCACGUUCACAACCCCAACUUCCGCGCCUACCUUGCGGAAUUCGUUGGUACCUUCAUCCUCGUACUCAUCGGUGACGGCUCCGUCGCGCAGUACGUGCUUGGCGGCGGCGGUGCCGGUCACUACCUGUCCGUGAACUUGUGCUGGGGUAUCGCGCUCUUGUUCGGCAUCCACUUCGCCGGAGGCGUAAGUGGUGGUCACCUGAACCCCGCCGUCACUCUCACGUUGGCCGUGUUUAAGCGUUUCGAAUGGCACAAGGUGCCCGGUUACUUUGUCGCUCAGACUGCCGGUGCGUUCGCAGCCGCCAUCAUCGUCUUCAUCGUGUACUACCCGUGGUUCGACAUCCACGAUCCUGAACGUGAAACCACGCAAGGUAUCUUCGCCACCUACCCGAAUGCUCAGAUCCCCAACUGGUCGGCUCUCGCGAACGAGAUCAUCGGUACCGCUUUGCUUGUUAGCGGUAUUUUCGCUGUCGGUGAUCAGCUCAACAAGCCCGCUAGCCCCUACAGCUUCCCCGGUGCCGUUGCUCUGAUGCUUACGUGCAUCGGCAUGGCGUUCGGCCUUGACACUGGUUACGCUCUCAACCCCGCUCGUGAUUUUGGCCCUCGUCUCUUUACGUUCUUCGCUGGAUGGGGCUGGAAGGUGUGGACUCUGCGUGACGGCUACUUCUGGAUUCCCAUCGUUGGUCCAUUUAUCGGGGGUAUUGUUGGAGCUGCCACUUACGUGGGUCUCAUCGAGGCCCACCACCCGCCUCAGUAAAUGUAAGCAAAGGGUAGUGUGAGGGCGAAACUGGUAAACUAGUAUCCUAACUUCGUUCACCUCGAAAUUCAUUCGCAUAAACAUGAACUGCCAUUACACGUUGUAUUCUUGAAUAAAACUGACACCUUCGUCUCCU